CCCAAAAGUACUUCCUCUCCCAAAGAUGGAAUCCAUGACGACAAUGACGCUACAACGUUGCGUACGCACGACAACAUUUGGGAUGUUUCCCGCGGCAGCACGCACGUUGUGCAUGUGCCAAAAGUGGGAAACUGCGAAAGUUCCGAUCUUGUGGACUUCUCAUUUCCAGUUGAGCCUUCGGAGUUUGAACUUCUUCGAACAUGGAACGAAUGGCCGAUGAAUAGUGUUUGCUUUGCUACGGCUAGUGGUACGGGCUAAGGAAGAUGUCAAAGAGAAGCAGAAUCUUCCUGGACAGCUUAGACAGCCAGUCUAAGAGCUGAAAGUCGGCGUCGAUGCCCUCAGCGGCUCGGUGAGCUGGCUCAAAGACAAGCCUUGCUGAAAGGAUCACGUUGUUGUUGUGGGCGGAAAAGAGCGGAUGUGUUACAUCCUUACCCUGGGUUAGUCACGGAGCACAGCCAUAGUUUCUUUACGAUGGAGAAACUAAAUUGCUGGAAUUUGUGGCAGAUUGCCCACUUCAUCCUGUCCACAAGUGUAGUAACAUUGUGGUUGGUAGAGUUUGCUCUGCCACCUCCUCUCUACGACUCGUUUCCAACCGACGAUCGGUAUAGACACCUGCCAACUCCUGACCAAGUCUUCCAGAAGAUAAGCCCGCUGGGAGUAUCAGAGGAUGGCAUCCAUCGCAUCAUGGACACUCCUAUUCUGUCCACCAUUCUGGUGUACUACUUUGGAUGUUUCUACUUUCGCUUCCGCCGGAAGUCCUGGCUCAUGACUCUAGUAGCGUACACUGUUGUGCUGGUGUUCUGUAUAGUGCACUACGCAGCGCCCAGUUACUUUGACUGGAAGUACCUUGGACCUCGCGUUGUCGGUAUUGCGCUGGAGAUUGCUGUCAUGACCUUACUCAGCACCAUCUCAAUAACAUUCAUUCAGGCUGACCGGCAGCGCUUGAAAUUCCGCCUGGUGAGAGACCAUACGGGAAAUCAGACGACCCUGACCAAGGCAACUCUAGCUUGGAAUAUAAUGUGCAACUAUAUAUUGUACUUCAUCUGCCUGACCAUGUGGACGUCAGUGUCGUAUCAAUCGUUUGUUUUCAUCCGCUCCAAACAAGACAUGAUCUACCUGUGUCAGGUUACGACCGAUGUGAUCUGCACACCAUGCCAGGACACAACACCAGAGGCCUUGGUGGAAUGUAAGGCUCAGAACAGAACAGCUUCCUGUGCAACGGAGGGAAUGACCGCUGGCUUCUGCUUGUUCAAUUACACGCUAGGCUACUUCACAUUUGUUAGAGUCUUUGCUUACGCUGGUGGCUUGUUCUUCGUCUGGCGCAACUUCAUCAAUGCCAUGACACACUAUGCUUGCAUCAGCAGACGGCUGGUGCUACAAUGGUGGAACAGCAAUGGCAAAGUACAGCUGCAACGGCUGCACAUGGACUCACUUCCAUCCCUGGCUGGGUCGCUGAGUCGCUCCUCCGUACAGCGCGAGCGCCUGCGUUUGCUGGCAAGCAGUGGAGUGGACAGCAGUCCUUGCAGCAGUGAUUGCGAGGAUGCUGAUUCUUCACUUCUGCUGCGGGCAGAGCUAGAUUCAGUCCACAAUGAGCCCUACCCCACACUUAUUGAUGUGUGAUCUCAAUCCCUAACCACAAUGACCACCCUACCCCCUUGAUUGGCUUCUAAGCCCAGGGAAAACAGAAGCUCUGCUGGACUAGGUUCCUAUUUUCACCAAGAAUCUCAAAUUCUUCUUCAAGUAUAUCCAAUUUUGUAUCACCAAGCCUCAUCAAGCCCCCGCCCCCCCCCCCCCC